CUUCUUGUGUAGUUGUCGUAGUUGCCAAGGGAUUCGGUCAUGCGCGUAGCAUUUACAUCCGCUUCCGCCGACCGGUGAAUUGUCAACAAAGACAAUGGAGACAUCUACAAGUUCAAUCAUCUAUACUACAAAGUCUAAGAGGCAAACAACUCCGUCUGAUGUCAGGGUGAAAUUGGAUCCUGCAUUCAAUAGGAAAAAGAUGGAGCGUCUUGAAAAAGACAUAGCGGAAACCUGGAAGAGACGCCUUGCUGAGUUACCAUCCCUUUUCAAUGGUUCAAAGUUCCGACUUCAUUCCAUCGAGGAGAAAGGUGAAACAUUGACCCUUAACAUGGGUACUACUUGUUAUAAAGACUUCCAAGGGACUAAUUUGUCAAAAGAUCUGCUAAUUUUGCAAAGUCAAGGUCUCAGUGAUCAUGAUGAUUCUCAAGCGUAUAUGUCGGAUGCGCUCGGAGUCGGUGCCCUUGUCCUUACAGCCGAUGACCAUAUGGUGCUGUUGUACAGGUCGAAAAAUUGUGGAGAGGAUACAGAAUUGUGGGAUAGACCAGGGGGCCACUCAGAACCAAAGAACCUGGUGGGACCAAUACCAGCAGAAGAAAUUGACUUAUCAGAAUUGAAAGAGGAUGCUGUGGUUGAGGAAUUAUUUAACUCGAUCACAGAGGAGGUGAUAUCAGAGGUGAACAUACCUGCCGACUCUCUGGAGCAACCUGGCAUACUUGGCAUCCACAGAAGUCAUUUGAGUGGUGGGAAACCAAAUGUGGAAUUUCUGAUGAAAUGCAAGUUGAAAGCAUCGGAAGUAGAAUCUCUAUACAAGCAAGGCUGUCAAGCAGAGGCUUAUGAGUCAGAGAAAAUUUUCUUGUUGCCUCUGGAAAAAGCCCUCAAUGCUCAUUCUUGUGACCUUGACCUCUGGAACAAAAUGGCUGCUGGAGCAAAAGGACUCUUGUGUUUGUAUAACAUGUACAGACACAGAUAUUUGCUGUAGUUAUACACUGCCAAGGGUUGUUGCUGUGUAAUGUUAUUUUUAAAUGCAAUAUUUUAAAAUUUAUAGUCUGUUUCACAAAGAUAUAUUAGAGAAUAUUUUUAGAUACAGCUUUGUCUUACAUACUUUGCUUGAGUUCUACACCCACGAGUCUCAAUAAUGUGUAUUGUUAGUUAAUUAUGCAGUAGUUUAAAAUGUAAAGCCUGCUUUACAAAAACAUUUUUGAUGGUAUACCGGUAUUAUGUGUUCAAUUCAUACAUUGAAUCUUUUUAUCGGUAAAAGUAUCAAAUAAGUAAAAAAAGCAAAAAAAAAAAAUACUUUUUUGUAACCUUUACUAACUGUAAUUUUAAUGUAUUUACGCAAGCUUGGCUCAGCUGUUACUCUGUGAUAGUUAUUUCAUUCUUUACAAGAUCAUGUAUUGGUAUGUGUUUUUCAACUGCUUAGUUUCAAAGUCACCUGCCAGCAAGCAUGAUGUGUCUAUGUCAGUUAAGCAUGCGAUUUAAGGAAACCUAAUUUUCAUUGGUUGAUCUUUAUUUGCACACUGAUGGGAAUAUACGCAUGAAUGCCCAAGGAAAUCAUAUCAUCAAGCAUUUGUGAUCUGAUUUACAAAUGGAAAAAUUGUGUUUACACUGAAGUAAAUUUCUGUUUAUCUAAUAAGCUUAAUUUCAGUUCCAUUUAUUGAACAAUAAAACAGUUACCGACAUUAACAUAAAAUUUGAAAGAGAGGCUAGCUAACAUGCUGUCUGCACGAUUUUGGAUUCUUUUAAUUUAAGAAAAAUGUUAAAUUCAUAGGAAUUCUUGUAUUGAUUGAGAUAAUACAUUUUUAAAAGUAUAUGAAAAUGUGUAACUCAGACUUGCACAUACUUUUGAAUAUCAAAAUAUCAUAUGAUAUAUUGAGCAUUGAUCAUUUGUAACAUAUCAAUCAUGCCAGCUGACACACAUUCCUACUUCCUGUAGUUCAUUCUCACAUACCAGAGGUCUACCGUGGUUCCCUGGUUGAACCUCUGGCACAUUUCACAAAUAGUUAUAGCUUGUUUUCAUUACAGGUUUCAAAACAUAUCAUUCAGUAUCGGCUCCAAAUUAUGGGAAAUAUUUAUUGAUUUUAGUUGUUUUGUAUCAUCUUUAUUUAUUCAUUGUUAGCAAGUGUUUUGCUUAAGUUGCUUUAAUUUUUGUUUUGACAGGUGGAAUAUAGGAAAUCACUGAUUUGUUGAAAAACUCCCAUUUGUAAUAACAAAUGCUAUCAAACAAAUUAAAUAAAUCAUAUUUAUGUCGGGACAAUGAAGGACCUCUGUUAGUUGAGAAUGGCUGUAGUUCAUAUACAAUAGAGUCUCGUUGAUGUGUAAUUUUAGUUUUAUAUGCAAUAUUGUAAAAUUUAUAAAUCAAUUCAUGAAUAUUAAUUUCUAAAUAUUGGUGCUUUACUUAUUGUGCAAAGUUUUAUUGUAUUUGCCAGGGCCCAAGGUUUGAAAAUUGGUAACUGAUUGGUUCAUUCAGAAUGUUUUAUUUCAUGACAUAUGCUAUUAUUAUUCUUACUUGUAAAUAGGUUUUAUAACCUUAUUACUUGUACUUCAGGUUUUAUAACUUUGUUACUUGUAUUUCGAGUUGUUACUAGUUCUUCUGGUUUUUAGCUCACCUGUCACGAAGUGACAAGGUGAGCUUUUAUGAUCACACAGCGUCCGUCGUCCGUCCGUCCGUGCGUGCGUGCGUAAACUUUUCCUUGUGACAUCUCUAGAGGUCACAGUUUUCAUGGGAUCGUUAUGAAAAUGGGUCAGAAUGUUCAUCUUGGUAAAUUCUAGGUCAAGUUCGAAACUGGGUCACGUGCGGCCAAAAGUAGGUCAGUAGGUUUAAAAAUAGAAAAACCUUGUGACCACUCUAGAGGCCAUAAUUUUCAAUGGAUCUUCAUGAAAAUUGGUCAGAAUGUUCACCUUGAUGAUUUCUAGGUCAAGUUCGAAACUGGGUCACGUGGGAUCAAAAACUAGGUCAGUAGAUCUAAAAAUAGAAAAACCUUGUGACCUCUCUAGAGGCCAUAUUUUUCACGAGAUCUUCAUGAAUAUUGGUCAGAAUAUUGACCUUGAUGAUAUCUAGGUCAAGUUCGAAACUGGGUUACGUGGGGUCAAAAACUAGGUCACUAGGUCUAAAAAUAGAAAAACCUUGUGAUCUCUCUAGAGGCCAUAUUUCUCAAUGGAUCUUCAUGAAAAUUGGUCAGAAUGUUCACCUUGAAGAUAUCUAGGUCAGGUUCGAAACUGGGUCACGUGCGGUCAAAAACUAGGUCAGUAAGUCUUAAAAUAGAAAAACCUUGUGACCUCUCUAGAGGCCAUAUAUUUCAAGAGAUCUUCAUGAAAAUUGGUCGGAGUGUUCACCUUGAUGAUAUCUGGGACAAGUUCGAAACUGGGUCACGUGGGGUCAAAAACUAGGUCAGUAGGUCAAAUAAUAGAAAAACGUGACCUCUCUAGAGGCCAUAUUUUUCAUGGGAUCUGUAUGAAAGUUGGUCUGAAUGUUCAUCUUGAUGAUAUCUAGGUCAAUUUCGAAAGUGGGUCACAUGCCUUCAAAAACUAGGUCAGUAUGUCAAAUAAUAGAAAAACCUUGUGACCUCUCUUAAGGCCAUAUUUUUCAUGGGAUCUGUAUGAAAGUUGGUCUGAAUGUUCAUCUUGAUGAUAUCUAGGUCAAGUUCGAAACAGGGUCAUGUGCGGUCAAAAACUAAGUCAGUAGGUCUAAAAAUAGAAAAACCUUGUGACCUCCCUAGAGGCCAUACUUUUGAAUGGAUCUCCAUAAAAAUUGGUCAGAAUGUUCACCUUGAUGAUAUCUAGGUCAAGUUUGAAACUGGGUCACGUGCCUUAAAAAACUAGGUCAGUAGGUCAAAUAAUAGAAAAACCUUGUGACCUCUCUAGAGACCAUAUUUUUCAAUGGAUAUUCUUGAAAAUUGGUCAGAAUUUUUAUCUUGAUAAUAUCUAGGUCAAUUCAAAACUGGGUCACAUGAGCUCAAAAACUAGGUCACUAUGUCAAAUAAUAGAAAAAACAACGUCAUACUCAAAACUGGGUCAUGUGGGAAGAGGUGAGCGAUUCAGUACCAUCAUGGUCCUCUUGUAUUACCUUGUUACCUGUACUUACGGUUUCAUAACCUUGUUACCAGUACUUCAGGUUUUAUAACAGUGUACUUCGGGUUUUGUAAUGUUGUUUCCAGGACUUCAGGUUUUAUAACCUUGUUACCAGUACUUUAAGUUCAAUAGUCUUGUUACUAUAGUUCUUUUAAUUUUAUUACCUUGUUACCAGUACUUCAAGUUUAAUAACCUGUUGUUACCAGUACUUUAGGUUUUAUUACCUUGAUGCCAGUUCUUCAGGUUUUAUAACCUUGUAGUUAGUACUUUCUGCUCAGAAUUAAUCUGCUGAAAUAUAGUUGUCAUUUAUUUUAUGUCUACCAGUCUCUUUCAUAUUUUGUAUUUAAUGUGCAACAGUUUUAUAUAUUAUAUACUGCUUUUCUUGAAUACUGAACAGAUAUAUCCUUCGGCUUCGCUUUUGUUUUUAGCUCACCUGUCACAUAAUGACAAGGUGAGCUUUUGUGAUCACCCUUCGUCCGUCGUCAGUCCGUCCGUGCGUCAACAAUUUUUUGUCUGCACGAUAGUGGUUUCAUUUAUGAUUUUAUUUUAACCAAACUUGCAUACAACAUGUAUCACCAUAAGAUCUCAGUUCGUUUCUUGAACUGGCCAGAUCCCAUUAUGGGUUCCAGAGUUAUGGCCCCUGAAAGGGUCAAAAUUAGCUAUUUUGACCUUGUCUGCACAAUAGCAGCUUUAUUUAUGAUUUGAUUUUUACCAAACUGGCACACAACUUGUAUCACCAUAAGAUCUUGGUUUCUUUUUUUAACUGCCCAGAUUCCAUUAUGGGUUCCAGAGUUAUGGCCCCUGAAAGGGCCAGAAUUAGCUAUUUUGACCUUGUCUGCACAAUAGCAGCUUCAUUUAUGAUUUUAUUUUAACCAUACUUGCACACAACUUGUAUCACCAUAAGAUCUUGGUUCCUUUCUUGAACUGGCCAGAUCCCAUUAUGGGUUCCAGUUAUGGCCUCUGAAAGGGUCAAAAUUAGCUAUUUUGACCUUGUCUGCACAAUAGCAGCUUCAUUUGUGAUUUGAAUUUAAUCAAACUAGCACAAAUCUUGUGUCACCAUAAGAUCUUGGUUCCUUUCUUGAACCGUCCAGAUCCCAUUAUGGGUUCCAGAGUUAUGGCCCCUGAAAGGGCCAAAAUUAGCUAUUUUGACCUUGUCUGCACAAUAGCAGCUUCAUUUAUGAUUUUAUUUUAACCAUACUUGCACACAACUUGUAUCACCAUAAGAUCUUGGUUCCUUUCUUGAACUGGCCAGAUCCCAUUAUGGGUUCCAGUUAUGGCCUCUGAAAGGGUCAAAAUUAGCUAUUUUGACCUUGUCUGCACAAUAGCAGCUUCAUUUGUGAUUUGAAUUUAAUCAAACUAGCACAAAUCUUGUGUCACCAUAAGAUCUUGGUUCCUUUCUUGAACCGUCCAGAUCCCAUUAUGGGUUCCAGAGUUAUGGCCCCUGAAAGGGCCAAAAUUAGCUAUUUUGACCUUGUCUGCACAAUAGUAGCUUCAUUUAUGAUUUGAUUUUACCCAAACUUGCACACAACUUGUAUCACCACAAGAUCUUGGUUCUUUUCUUAAACUGGCCAGAUUCCGUCAUUGGUUCCAGAGUUAUGGCCCCUUAAAGGUCCAAAAUUGGCUAUUUUGGCUUUUGCAGCCAUAUAGAGACUUCGUUUAUGGUUUUAUUUGAUACAAACUUCAAAAAUAUCUUUAACAACAAUAAAUCUUGGAUUCCAUGACAAAUCAGAUCCAGUCGUAGGUUCCAGAGUUAUUUUAUAUCUGAUAACCUCCCCUGAUUGUAAUCAAAAUGGAUUUAUAUCAGUAAGUACUUAUAGGACUGUUUUAAAUUUCAUUAUUGUCAUUAGUUGGACUGAGCCAGUCAGGGUAGAUAACUAUGGACUGAUUUUAUGUCAAAUUACCUCCCUUUAUUUCAAAUUAAAAUGGGUAUAUCUCCGUAACUAAUGAAGAUACUGAUCUGAAAUUUCAUUUAUAUCAGCAGAUUUAUUUCAAAUUGUCAGAUCCUUCUUUUGUUCACUUACAAUAAUUUUUUUUUAAUUACUUCCCUUUUACGUUACUAUAAAUAGCUUAUUUUUAGUAAGUUUUUUAUUAUUGGCCGUAGGGAAAAACCGAGACCACUUUUCUGUGGUACAGCAUGGAUGGUACCUCCAAAUUUUAGUUGUAUUUUGACAUAUCUGUACCUUGUAAGAAUUUUUUUUUCUUUCUGGUUAAAUUUCUUCCCUUUGUUGUUCCUGUCCUUUGGACUUAGAUAUUUUUUCUGAGGACCUUCUUGUCCUCAAGUGCAAUGAUAACAGGUGAGCAAUAUAGGACCAUCAUGGCUCUCUUGUUUGCUUUGGUUUUAUGGGGUUUAGAGUAACACCAAUUCAAUUUAGGUCAUAUAACAACAUUCAAGCUUUUGAUGGGGGAAGAAGAUCUAUGCAUGGACAGUAGGCACCUGGGUAGAACCACCGACAUUCUGUAAGCAAGCUGGAUGGCUUCCUCACCUGAAGAAUUAUACAUCCCAAGCAAGGUUUUGAACCCACAUCGGUGAGGGUUAAGUGAUUGGAAGUCAGCGACCUUAACCACUCGGUCACGGAGGCCCCAUUUUUGAAAAGGUAUUGAAAUAUUUAUUUGUGCCAUAAUAAUAUACAUAUUUGUAAUAAUAUACAUAUUUGAGUUUUUGUCAUGUACAUACAUUGUUAUGAUACUUAUAGUAUUUAUGUUACAUAAAUGCAUGUUUUAUUUAUUGUUUAAAGAAAGGACUGGCAUAUCAACACUAAUUUCCACAUAUUGGAGUUUGAUAACUAGAUACACCGUCCUAAAUAAGGAAUCAUGUCAUUCUAGCAUAAAAUUGUUCUUGUCAAUUUUCGGGGGUGUUUUCACAAGAGUGAUAACAGAGAUUCUUGUGCUCACAUGCUGUAAAAACACCUUUUAUAUAUGUUCGUUCUAUGGCAAAGCGACAAUUUAUUGCGGCCCCAAAAGGAAAUGUCAACAUGAACAACCGAGGCAGACACUGCUGCACAUUUUAUGGAAAUUGAAUGAAGGACGAUAUAUUCAUUUAUUAGUUUUAUGCGUUUUACGCUAGAAUAACACUAGCACAUGUUCAUUUUGUGUUAUAACAUCUUCCGAAUCUGUUGGGGAAUUGGUAGUACCCUUGCCCUACCAGGCUCGGGCACUAACCAAUCCCUCGGGAUUCUGCAGAAGUUACAACACGAAAAAAGGUGCAUUAUCCCUACACCAAAACAUACGUUUGGAAGAGAAUUUUUGUUUAUUCUAAAUUUUGUGAUAAGUGCAGUACUGACCAUAAAAUGUGUAACUAAGUUUGAAAAGUUGCCAUUGUCUCAAACCAUCUACCUACAAACAGCAGAAUGUUUCCUGUUAUAGGACACUUCUUAUUUACAAACCCCACCUUUUUCAAUUGCCAAGGGCACAGUUUACUUUAUAAACAGGGUUGUCUGUAUUUUAGUCAUUUGAUGUACCUAUUAUUACUUCGACUUUUCGAAGAAAAUGUAGAACUUUUGCACUCACCCCCAGCGUUUGAAUUUUGACAGAGUUAUGCCCCUUUUUAACUUAGAAUUUUUUGGUUAAAGUUUUAUAUAACGUCCAAUAUCGCUGUUACUAUGAAAGCUUUUGACUUGAAAUAGUUACUUACUAUCACAGUCCACACCAGGAGAAACAAUCCCCAUAACUCUGAUUUGAAUUCUGACAGAUUUAUGCCCCUUUUUAACUUGGAAUUUUUUGGUUAAAGUUUUUGAUAAGGUCAAAUAUCUCUUACUAUGAAAGCUUUUGACUAGAAACUUAAAAUAGUUAUUUACUAUCAAAGUCUACACCAGGAGAAACAAUCCCCAUAACUCUGAUUGAAUUUUGACAGACUUAUAGCCCUUUUUAACUUAGAAUUUUUUGGUUAAAGUUUUAUAUAACGUCCAGUAUCUCUGUUACUAUCAAAACUAUUGACUUGAAACUGAAAAUAGUUAUUUACUAUCAAAGGCUACACCAUAAGAAACAAUCCCGAUAACUCUGAUUAGAAUUUUGACAGAUUUAUGCCCCUUUUACUGGCAAAGCUCUAAUUCAGAGUCAGACACUGAGAAAAGUCGAGUGUGCUGUCUUACGGACAGCUCUUGUUUUCAAUAACAGUUACUAAUUUAAAGUUAUAUAUAUUAUACAUUUUUUUUUAUUUUAUGGGCAUUUUAAUUUUGCUAUAGGUAGUAUAUUGUUACCGUAACUUAUUAUUAAUAAUCUCUUUUUAAAAGUCAGGGCUUUUCUUUAGCUUGUAUAGCGUAGGAACACCGGCUUAAUGUAACUACUGUAUGACUCAUCUUUUCUGUAACCACAUUUUUUUUAUUGAUUUCUCUAUUAACAUGAUACAUCGUUUUUAAGAACUCCGACAGCUGUAAUAGGACUUUUUAGAUUUUAAAAUUAUUUUGAUGAGUAUUGACUUUUUAUCAGGAAAUGAUUUUGAUAUGGUAUUUUUCUAUUCAAGAAAGUUUUAAUUAUGGCUUUAUUUUUUGCCGGGUUGUUUUAAAACUUUGAGGAUAUCUAAAUUAGCAUCCCAGUACAAAUUUUGUUCAUUUUUUCCACAAUUUUCAAUUUUUCUUAGGAGAAAAAUAGUUUUGGUCAUAGAUCAACAUUGUUGGAAAUUACCUUUAGAACUUUAGAAUUAUGUACAACUUAGAUCUUAAAGAGACUUGUAAAUUGAAUCCAAAACUUCAAAAAAAAAACCUGUUAUGGGAUUGUGGAUCAUACUGUAAUUAUACAUGUAUUAUUUUAUCAAAGAUAAAAAUAAAAGCUAUUUUCUCAUA